UUUAUUUCUCGGCCCACACCACUUUCGCAACCAACCCACAUUCCGCACCAACAAGCCAGACAGAACAGCGACAAAGGCGGAAAAACUCUACAGACAGCGUGAGGGGUGCUCACGACCAGCAGCAAGGACAGGCACGCACGGCGGUACAGCAGGUAGUGCUCUCACGCUCACCCACCAACCUCCCUUCGGCAAACCGCGCUUUGGUGACACAAAACAGCAAAACUACACCAUGGUCAACUACCAGAGCAUCGAUACACAGCCGGUAGGCAUGGCCCCAGACGCCUCCGAAUCGCUUCCUCGCCAGCCCGAGAAGUCCUGCACGGACUCCUGCGCGAUCGGCUGCCUCAAGUGCACGGAUGCAUGCUUCCCGUGGUACAAGUGGCCUUGCCAGUGCGGCCUGGUCCCGCUCUACAUGCGCCGGAUCUUCCUCAACAAGUUCAACCUCCUGCCGGUGGACGAGGUCAACCCUCCCGUGGUCCCCCCGCCCCCGGCUGGAGGCGUUCCCGUGUACCACCGUACCAUCACCGGCCACUACAACGAGCUCGACUGCCCCGCCGCCGGCGGAGCCAACGAGGCCUUGGGCCGCAACUGCCCCGGCUACGCGCCCGGCUCUCGCCGCGAGAACAUCCCCGACCCUUUUCUUGUGGCGCAGAAGCUCCUGGCUCGCCGCCCGUCCGGACCGAACAAGGACUACUUCAAGCCGGCCGGCGCGCAGCUGAACAUCCUCGCUGCGGCUUGGAUCCAGGCCAUGGUGCACGACUGGGUGGACCAUACGGAGGCCGAUCCGACCGAGCUGUCUGGCGGCGCGGCCCAUGGCUGCCCUAUGAACGAGUUCAAGUUUAAGAAAACGGGCGCCACCGCGAGCACGAACAACCACCAGGCCUACCGCAACCCCCGCACCCACUGGUGGGACGUGUCCUUCGUCUACGGCAGCGACGAGGAGACCCAUAGGCGCACCCGCACCUUCGAGGGCGGCAAGAUUCUGGCCGGCAGCGACGGGAUCAUGGACCACACCCCAGAGGGGAACAUCGCCUCGGGCGACAACAAGAACUCGUGGGUCGGCGUGUCCCUCCUGCAGGCGCUCUUCUCGAUGGAGCACAACUCGAUCGCGGACGAGAUCGCCGCUGCGCACCCCACCUGGAACGACGAGGAGAUAUUCCGCAAGGCUCGCCUGGGCUUGAGCGCCAUCGUGGCCAAGGUACACACGAUCGACUGGACUGUCGAGCUCCUCAAGAACCCCAUCCUGCGCACCGCCAUGAGGGCCAACUGGUAUGGCAUCAUCGGCAAGUUCUUGAAGGAGAACACGUUCCUCGGGAAGGCCGGGAACACGCUUAUCUCGGGCCUCGCCAACCUGAAGGAGCCCAACAACCAUGGAACUCCCUACAAGCUGACGGAGGAGUUCGCGGCCGUGUACAGGCUUCACCCCAUGCUGCCCGACUCGAUGGAGCUGCCCGGAGAGACUGUGCAGAUGGAGGAUCUGGUCGCCGUGGAGGGCGAGAACACCCUUCGCAGGAUCGGAGCCGGACCGUUCUGGGAGGCCGCUGUUCGCGACCCCUGCGGGGCGCUGGUGCUAUUCAACUACCCCAAAUUCUUCCGAAAGCUGUCCCCUACCGAUAACGCGGGGACCCCGGAUACGACCGCGCCGGUCGACCUGGCCGUCCUCGACAUCCACAGGGACCGCGCCAGGGGCAUCCCGCGGUUCAACGACAUGCGCCGCGCGCUCAACAUGAACCCCAUCAAGAAGUGGAGCGACCUGACGAAGGACAAGGAGUACCAGGAAGCCCUGCAGGAAGUGUACGGCGACGAUGUGGAGCUCCUCGACGUACUCGUGGGCAACCUGGCGGAGGACAAGAUCGACGGUUUCGCCAUCAGCGAGACGUCGUUCCACAUCUUCAUCGUAAUGGCCAGCCGCCGCCUCGAGGCCGACCGCUUCUUCACCAAGGACUUCACCCCGGAGGUGUACUCCCAGGAAGCGUUCGACCGCGUCACCAACACAGAGGGCAUGAGGGACCUCCUUGAACGCCACUUCCCCGACAUCGCCAGACAGGUCCCCAAGACGCAGUCGGCCUUCAAGCCCUGGGGAGCCUAGAUGGAGAGAUGCCCUGCUGGCCUGAACAGUAUCAAGGCCUUUCCCAGGAACCCUGCCCCCCCGCCCAAGGGCUCGGCGUAGGUGCAUAACGUUCAAGAGUUUUGCCGGAGAUGAUUCAUUUGAUGGAGAGCUGUUUGUAUGACGGUUUGUUGGGAAGUGGUUGGCAGCGAGUGCGUCCUAGGCCACGGAUGUGAACGACUUGGCGCGGAUCUAUUUCCAUGCGCUGUAAAUGUGGUGGUGGCACGCUGCUGCUGGCUUGUCUCCAUGCGUUGUUUCAAGUGCCGCCGCCUGUACCCCCGCUGCUUGCGGUGCAACUUGACCCUCGCUCUUGGUGGCACUGCAGAGCAAAUCCUGGAGGUUGAUCAAUGACCUACGAAGUAUACUAACAUCAGAAAUGCAGGCCGUAGACACAGAAAAAAAAAGUAGCUGAAAUGGUCCACGUUGUCAAGUGCCCCAUGUAGUGGUUGCUAGGCGCAUCAUGUCGAGGGGGAGGAGAGUAGCACAAGCAAGAAGGAGGAAGUUCGGGUUCGAUCUGGGCGUGGGCACAGUAUGAACGCCCGCAUGGGCACGAAAUUCCUCGAUUUUAUCGUUGUUGGCCACGGUUUCGGAAAGGAGACUGCGCGGAGUAGACAAUGGGUGCAUGCCCAUUGCUUUUGAUGACCGUUCUCCUUUUGGUCAAUCUUUUUUUCUAGCUAAAUGAUAUUAUUUUUGUUCAUCGAAACCCAUUCCCAUUCUCUGAAGGCGACAUGUAAUAUUCCGAGUGGACGUAAAAUUCUUUAUUGUUAAAUCGGGUGCUGUCUCUUUGUCAUGUUGUGGUGAGGUGCAGUCGGGCCUCGUUUGGAGGCGAGGUGGGUGUUGUUUUGUGCAGCAUUCCAUCUAGACCUGUUUGCGUGUUGUGUUUGCAUUCGAGAAUUUUGUUUUCGCCUCCAUUCGUUCCCAAGCCCGUAAAAAGGGUAUCCUUACGAGCUUGUUGACGUGAUUGUCAUGGGUGAUGACCCAAGCAUUCAUUGCACGUCGUGGGUGCCGUAGGGGACACCGAGCAUUCGUGUUUAGUAUUUCCCUUUGUACUCUUGUGCUUUUUGCGGCGCGUCCUCAUGCUGGACGUGCUCGAUGUUGAAGAAGAGUGGGUGGUUGGUCAGUAAAUGUGGGUGGUUGGUCAGUAAAUGUAGAACCCGUUCGUUGUUGUAAGUGCAAGCAAUAUAAAGUUUCAUCCCAUGCGACUUGUGGUUACGUACGUUUCUUGCCCCCACCUCCGCGCCAGGGAGGGGCCGAUUUAAUCCCCUGCUACUACUGUAGCGAGCUUCGUAGACAGGUGAGUUUGUUGCCAAAUGCGAACGCGGCACGUGAGCAGCUGUUGUCUGGAGGCCAGCAAGUCGUGUCAACCAUGUGACAGCUCGGUCGUGCAGAAUGAGCAACACGGCCAACCCUUUAUAGGGCUUCAAUUGGAUGGGGGCCUUUUGUGCUACUACUGCACCGAAGCAGCAGGAAAAAACG